AUGCAACCACCGCAUCCAAACCUUUCCACACCGUCCAGAAAAGAAGCCAAGGCAGAUUGGUCUUGUCUUCCACCAGAACUUCUAGAACAAAUAUCAGAAAGACUCAAUAGUGAAAUCUACAUUUUCCGCUUUCGUUCUGUGUGUUCUUGGUGGCGAGAUUGUACCCCACGUUACCCUAACAACCAUUCAUCUUGGGAGCUUCCGGAAUUCCCUGACUCCGACGAAGUCUUUUACGUGCGCCGCCUCUCCAAACAACACAUCUAUCUCAUCAAACCACCGCAGCACCAGCAAACUCUUUGCCCUUGGUUGAUCAGAAUCGGUCGAGACUUGAACGGAAAUCUUCAUCUCUGGCACCCCUUUGACGGUUGCCAAAGUUCUUUAUUAUUCGCUCCUUUCUAUUUAGCUCGUUCUUUAAUCGACUUCAACCAUCUCCCAGUACUUGAUCUUGAACAUAAGUUCCGCAUCCACGAAGCCGAUUCGCCAGAUAGAUAUGUCCAUGAUGGUAAGGUGAUUGUUGCAACAGGUAAGGGAGGAGGAAAACCUCUUGAUCUCAUGACAUACGACAACUUUCAAGAGCUGAAGAUUCUCCGUUACGGGGUAGGUUCUUGGAAGAGUAUCCCCACCAUUGAAAGAUCCUUGUGGGGAGACAUCUGCAUUUUCAAAGGGAAGCUUUGCGUGGCUGAUAAAAACGGUCGCACUGUCAUGAUUGAAUCAGAUUACAGCGUCCACUUGCUCGCCAACCCGGUGUAUGGUGCUGAGUUUAAGUUCUUGGUGGUGGAGAGUGAAUGUGUGUCAUUGUUGUUAGUGGAUUGCCAUGGACUUACCUCUGCUGAUGAAGAUGGUAUAAGGUUUGAUGUAUUCAGACUUGAUGAAAAGAAUAAGAGAUGGAUCAAGUUGAGGAGUUUAGAGAAUAGGGUUUUGUUUAUGGGGGAUGACUGUUCCUUCUGUGUUUCUGCUUCAAAUCUGUGUAUUGGCAAUGGAAAUUGUAUCAUCUAUAGCAGGGAUUAUAAUUUCCACAGUAUUGAACAAGUCGAGUCCAGAAUGCGCAUUUUUCAUUUGGAUCAAGAUCGGGUUUCCCCUCUGUCUGAUUAUCCGGAUUACUUCAAGUUAUUCUGGCCACCUCCAGAGUGGAUCGUCGAGCACCAUUCGUAA